AUGGCCUAUGCACAACUAGACGACAGCUACGACCAUGAUGACUUUGAGGACUUUGAGGACGCUUUGAGGGCAGGUCAUCCUCACAUUCCGAUGCAGAAGCGGGCGCCAGGCAUAGGAGAGUCUCCUGAACGGCACAGGAAAGGGGUCGAUGACGUCGCGAAGGUUCAAAGCGCAGCCCCUGUGCUGACGUCCGAGGGGGCCUACGAUCUCAAGGACCUCUCCGAUGCCAUCCAUCCCCUUCCUUCUGACUCACCUUCUCACUCGGCUACCUUGAUCGAGCGCCGCAAGACUAGCUACCACAAGAAGGAGUCUUCCAUGUCUGCAUCUGCUGAGAAGCCUCAAUUCGAAGUAGGCGAGAUCCGGAUUGCACGUAGGGUCACACAGAAGCUCUCUUCGCCUUCGAUUCGACGGCCGAAGACGUCCCCUGCGAGACAGCCAGAUACACCGAGGACUCCGCUUAGCCCUGGUGAUGGACUCAAAUCAGCUGCCAAGUCAGAAGAGUGGCAGACACGCAGUAGUACGAUGAACGACCCUAACGGAGGAGUUCUGGGUCCUUCCGAUCGUCAUAGUCCCGCAAAGACCUCUGUACAGACAGCGAGUGUGGCCCUGAAUACUCUGACAGCAGCUAGUGUGCGGCGAGACUUGGAAAAUGGCUCCGCUGGUCGGGCCAGGGUGGUAACCCACCAUGAACAGCCAGCAGGAUUCGGUGCAUUGACGCCGACUGACUGCCUCACCCCACGGGGGACAAGCCCGCAAGGCCUCUCUGCGUUGCUCUCAUCGCCUAGCAGUGAACAAGACCUCUUCGUAUAUGGCGCGCCCAGACGGUCGCCUCCAAUUCUUGAGCCAGCACCCAUCCGGCUAAUCCGCUCCAAUAGCGCACGCAGCGAGAAGAGAAAGGCGUCUAACGAAGCAGCUGAGCUGACUGAUAUGCAUGGCGGGCAUGACACGGAUGCAAUGCCACAUCUGGGUGUUCCUCAGUCAGCUACUGCCUGGCACACCUCCCAAUCCCACUUGCAAGCUUCGCCACGUUCACACCACUCUGCAUUUGCUAAGAGCCCCUGCGUCCCUGUUGAUCCGUAUGUCACAAUGCCGCUGGCUGCAGGUAGCGCCGGAUCGACCCAGACAGCAAGCAGUGAGGACUGUAGAUCGCAAGCCGCACAUUUCAGAGGAAGACAACUCGCAGAAGUUCACACGGCGGCAGGGCACAGUCUGUCGCCUUAUCCUACUACCGACGGCUUAUCACCAUCAUCUCUAAAUGUCGACAGUAAGGUUCACCAGGUCGAGGCGUAUUCUCCAACUGCUCACGCGACGCAAGCUUUCAAUCAGCAGGCUGCACCGCCCUUCGACCGGGACAGACAGAGCCAGACUUCGCACCACCAGGCCACCAGACAGAUACUGCUGCGGCCAGGGGAUAUUCAGAUUGAAGAGGCAAUUCUCAUGGAGACGCAUUCUACCCUCUUCGGUAUCAGGCGACGCCUUGUAUCUGCCGUGCCUGAUCUUGGCCUGGUCGGCAAGCCAGCAGGCACCUUUUCCAGAUCGGACUAUGGCAAAUCUCUGCGCGAGUCUGAAGCUCAGCUAGCUGCUCGAGAAGCAGACUUGACCAUUGAAGCUCUCGCCCGCACCGAAACGGCGAGUGUCGAGGUCAGCAUCUACACGGAGCAGCGAGAGGGUCAGUGGAUGGUGCGGGGGCCUGCAUCUGCCGAUGUCAAGAGAGUCGAAGUGCUUCCGAGUGUCCUGGAUGUCUGGAAGGUGCCUCUUGACACCAAAUCGAUCGUUGAGAGAGGCAAGCUCAAGUCCACUCUCGAGCUGGCUAAGACGCGUAGAGCUAUCCCGUGCUCCGAGUGCACUUCCAGGGCGAGAUCAGACGGACAGUGUCCACGCUGUGCUGAUUGUGAAUACAUCGAGAUGAUCUUCGUCAUCACAGUUACUCUUCGAGUCUCCUCCUUUGGCUCUCUCAAACUCCCUUCUUGCCACCUAGCGGGAGCUGUUCUACCGGGCGUCAAGUACAUGCAGUCAUCAAAUGAAGCCGUCCGAUCUGCGCUACUUCGAGAGCAUGCAAGCAACACUGUGCUCAGAGCUGCCAGACGUGUGGGGCAAGAACACUACGAGGCUCACGGAGCGCGUUUGCUGAUGGCCAAGGCCAAGGUAGAGAGGAGAGGAAGAAUGACGGUGCGUGUCACGUCUGCGCGAACAGGCGUACGGAGAUGCUUUGAUGUGUGCGACGAGGGCGGCGAAAUUGUCGAAGUCUCCGAGACGGGAGUGCCAAUCGCUCUUGUUGAACCAGCACCCUUGGCCACGCCGAGUAGCGGGCCCAUACUAUCCUUUUCGAGUACACAGACGCAAUCCAGUCGCCCGACGACUGGACAUGCCUCGUCUCACUCGGCACCUCGAGCGGUAGCUGCAAGUGCAUCUGGCCGCCGGCCCGCAACGAGCAGCGGCGAUGUUCGAUUCCGCGAAUCAUCGCGCAAGAGUCGCUACAGCACCCAAAUCGAACGACCAGCACCCGGUCCCGCUCCCACCUCCCUUGCCCACCACGGUCCUCGCCCAAGCACGGCAAGCAGCGUCAACGGCUCUCUCUCCUUCUCCCUCUCUCCGCCACCUUCGAGAUCGGAGGUGAGACCUGCGAGAUUCUUUACCAGCUCGAGGCAUGGCAGUCUUGCUAGUCUUAGGAGUGAGGGUUCGGGAAGACUAUCCCCUGUGGGCGAGCAUGGGGCGUACGCGAGAGGUACGGGGGGUGAGAGUAGUGCUGGUGAUGGUAAUUCGCGCGCUAGGAGGAGGUCGGAUGAGACUGUGAGGGAGAGUCAGUCUCAGGGGAGGGCGAGGAAGCCAGUUAGUGGGGUCAAGGCAGGGAAGGGUAUCAGGAGAUUGUUCAGCCGUGGUUGA